CAACACUCGAGCAGCGGAGGGGACGAGGGAUCGUUUAUGCGCAAUUUGGGGACCAAAAAACAUAAUACACCCCAAACAGACUUGCAGGAAUCAUGGGGAGUGUGUUCCUGCCGGCGGACGCGGCCCACUCGGUGCUGCGACGGCUGCGCAGGGCCAACUUCAUGCUGGAGGAGAUGAAGCAGGGCAGCAUCCAGAGAGAGUGCAGAGAGGAGAUCUGCACCUACGAGGAGGCCCGAGAGGCUUUCGAGAAUGACGAGAAGACGAUGCGAUUCUGGGAAGAGUACGUGCGGGAGAUUAGUCCAUCUGGAGGGCUGGAGACGGUGGUUGGCGGAGUUCACUCUCUCUACCUGAUUGUGCCAUUGCUGCUGGUCGUGCUCAUCAUCGCCGCCGUCGCCAUCACUGUGUGGCGUUGCCAGUCCCGCAAACGCUCACAGCGCAGCCCCAGCCUGGGACACUCACAUCAUGACCACGUCCUGUCGGUGGUCUCUAUGGACCAUUGGGGGAGGGAUUACCACCACGGUGACCAAUCAGAACUCAGCGUCCACAGCAGCCCCGCUUAUCCAGGCUCAGAGGUCACAUCAGGAAGAGGGAGCGCCGGUGACCCUCCACCAUCUUAUGAGGAGGCUGUGGGCCACGCUGACGUACACAUAGAGACGGAGCCACCUCCACAGUAUGACGAUAUAGUCAACGCCAGCGCGACUGGUGUCAACGGUGGCCAUGGGAAGUAAACCUGUCUUUCACUACGACCCCAACUAAAGCCCUAACCAACACUAAGACCAUCUUAUUGUUUAGCAACACUACUGUUGUGCUAUCACCAGCCUUCCCCAUUCAACACACACAGAAACACUACUAUCUGUCUGGUUAAUGGACUAAUGCAACCUUUGCCAGAGCCAGCGCUGUUGAAAUUUGCACUAACAUUUCCUCAAUGAGGUGAAGUGGAAGGAGCAGGAAGGAGCAAAUUAUAUGGCAAUACCAAAACCAACAAACACCUCAACUGAAUUGAAGUUGCAUUUAUGCUAUCACACUUUAGAAAAUCAUUUAACUCAGUAGACAUAACAAGUGGUGCAUGUUGCGUAAAGAAGAAAACUGGGUUCAUAUUGCCAUUAUGAAGGACAGCUAAGUGUAUAUGAAGGUUGGACUGAUGCUUUAUUUAAGGCUAGUGCCAAUCUUUUUAGAGUUGAGUGGCCAAUAUUGGAUAUUUUGUACCUACUAAUUAUAUCUUUAAAGCUGGAGUGUGGGACUUACACAUAAAUGAACGUCUGUUACAUUCAAGCCUUUGCCAAACGAGUUCUCAUAAUACUGAGUAACUUAACUGUUUUUAAAUCUGGUGUGACUUUCCUGCUCUUGUGCAACGGUAGUGAUGUGUUUUACAUCAAGUAGUGAUGAUUGGUUUCCUCAGAUCUUCGGAGGAAUUACGUCAUGUUUGGCAUCCUGAACUAUUAGGGGUGUCACGAUUCUCAAAAUCCUCGAUUAGAUUUUAAGGUCUCAAUCCUUUUUUUGGAGUCCUUUUAGCACAGAUGCCUAUGCCAUUUUUAGACUAAUCAUGAGUGAUAUAAUCUCCAUCAGUUGUUUGCAAUGUACCACACUAAGGCCCUACUGUUAAAAUUAAAUAAUUUAUUAGCAAUGUAACAAUAACUUGUUUCAGCAGUCAGUUGGAAACUUACUGUAAACAAAAGAAUCAUGUAGUGACCCUUUUGUAACUGCAGUGUGCACUCCUCGAUUCACAUCCUCGAUUCCUCCUUUGAUUUCGAAGGUCGAGAUUGUGACAUCUUUUCGAUUGAUAUUCGAUUUACAAUCGAGAUCGUGACACCCCUAUGAACUAUCUAGAUGGUUGUUUGGUUGUGGGGCAUCUUUGUCUUUAUCAAGGUAUACUAUAAGCUGUUGUAAUUGUCGCUGUAGGACGGUUUAUAUGUCACUUUAUUAAGUUUUAAUAAUUUUUCAGGUGAGAAAGGUACUAUUUAUUUAGAUUCCCAAUAUGUGGUCAGUUUUUCCAGUUAACUUUUCCAAUUAACAGCUGGUCGGUAUGUCUUAAAGUACGUGUCAACAGUGUUUUUGUAAUUACUCUCACUGCCAGAAGGGGGAGACAAAAGGUCUGCACUGCAGGUUUAAAUUUGAGCUUUUUGUUAUCAAGUUAUUUACUGUUUUCACUAAAAUUUUUAUAAUAAUUUUGCAUGUGUUUUGAGAAACCUUUACUUUACAAGAUUCAGAAACAGCAUUUAGACCACAGAACAACAAAUCCAGUGAUACAAAGACCAAACUAAUUAAAACUGCAUUAAGUGAUUUUUAUUUGUGCCACUAAUAGGCAGAAAGAAUCAAAAACAUUGAAAAUCCGCCUUAUUAUUUGUUAUGCUAACCUGCUAGCAAACAAUUAUCUACUCGUACAUUCAGCAAACAGAGCUACGUGAGCAUUCCUCUUGUUUCAUCCCAUAGUUUGUGACCAACUGACUAGUCUGUGUUCAAUAUUUACUUGUUAACUCUGGUGUGGUUGACCAACCCUUCGAAAAAUACCAGGGUCUUUGGCUUGCUUACAUGCUAACAUUUCAUGGCUUGGCUUAGUGUGUUAACUGUGAAUGGCGCGCUGCCCAGUUUUAUAUUUGGGGUUAAAGGGAGCAGGAUCUAUACAGUAAACGUUUGGGCCAAAGAACCAAAAUAUAGUGAGUCAAAAAUGUUGUAACUGCAGUUUGGUGUUCAUUUUCAGUACGUUGGACACUACUAAUGAGCAUUCUGCAUUAUAAUCAUUAAUUCAGUUUGUUGAUAUCAGAAAUGUCACUUAAUGCAGGUUUAAAUAGUGUUGCCAAACUAAUGCAUCAGUCCAGCUUCAGUAUACACUUAUGAAUGUUUUGGACUUUAAGAUAAGGCCACCACUAGUUGUGACAGGGGGCACUGAAAUGGGUUUUGUGUAUGUGUGUCAUAUGUGCUUCUGUUUUGGUAAUGCAUGCAGCUUGGUCUGAACACACAAGGUUGGAUCUGGCUCUGCAGUGUCUGUUGAUAGUCAGCGCUCGCUGGCCCACAUCCACCUCUGGGCCGUUGACUGUUGCAAAGAGCCUGCUUUAACUGUGAAAAUCUUUCCCUACUCUUUGCCCUAAAGCUAACAUAACUGUGUUGGAUAUAAGUUCAGAGUCUGCCUGGUGUGCUACUUCCACUGACGAUUCUUCAAAUAGGUUUGCAGCUACCUACUCUAUAAAUGUACGUUUAGGAGUGACUUGGCCAGGAAUGUGGGACAGAAAGCAAUAGAGACAGAAGCUUUAGGAAGAGUUAUCCGGGGUGGGAGAUUCUGUAUUUAACGCCACUAUGGAUAGAGUCCAUGUUUAGCAUGUGUGAUGUACCUGUAUAUAAAUAUGUAUAGUGUGGGUAAAAGUAAGUAACGGUGAGAUUGUUUUUUGCUGCAUAGGAAUGCAGUGAAUGCAUUGAUUCUAAUGUAACUAUAAUAGGUCAUGAAUAAAUGAAGGCACUUUGUGUUGAAGCUCAAAAGAGCUGUUAAAUGAAAACACAGGAGUCUGGUUUGACGUCUUUAGCGUCACUCUCAGCAAUAACGAUGUCAAUUUUCUGGAAGAAAAAAGUGCUCGUACUCCAUAUGCAAUGUUGCAUACACUCUAAAAACCAAAUAUACAUCUAAUGUUCACUGACACUGAUAAAUGUCUCACAUGUCCUUUCUACACCUCACAGACUCUGAGCACUGAUUAUUCUACUCUUUUGUGAGUUGACCUUUGAACCUCAGCACUUGCUAUGACCUUGAACUGGGUUGUGCUGGUAGGGGUAGCCAUUUUGUUUAGGUUUGUUGUUGUACUGUAACUUACAGAGCCCCCUUUUUACAAUGCCUUAUCAAACAAACAAAAUGUUAUAUAACAUUAAAUGCAAGGGAACUUGUUAUAAAUCCUUGAUAUGUGCAGAAGCUUGAAUUAAUUUGUAAUAAAACAUUUAA